AUGUCCAGCCCUAUCUACCUCGGUGUUGUUGGCGUCGGCGGCGUUGGUACCGCGUUCCUGUCCCAGCUUGCUCGUAUCCCCAAUGCCCCCCAGCUUGUUCUCCUCGCCCGCUCCUCGCAGACCCUCCUCGCUCCGACACCGGCGUACUCCCCCGCCAUCCCCGCGGCCGACUGGGCAACUGCCUCCGCUGCGCCCUCGCUCGUCAAGACCGGCGCUCUGCCCGCCGAGGAGAUCGCGACAUACCUCGCCUCUGCCCCUGGUCGCGCCAUUUUGGUUGACAACACCUCCGAUAUUAACCUUGCCCGCUCCUACCCCACAUUCUUGAAGAAGGGCAUCUCCGUCGUCACCCCGAACAAGAAGGGCUUCUCCGAUGACCUCUCCCUGUGGAAGGACAUCUUCGCCUCCGCCGCCGAGGGCAAGGCUCUCGUUUAUCACGAGAGCACCGUCGGCGCCGGUCUCCCCGUCCUGUCCACUCUGAAGGAUCUCGUCGCGACCGGUGACGAAGUCACCCGCAUCGAGGGUGUCUUCUCCGGUACCCUUUCCUUCCUGUUCAACACUUUCGCCCCUGCCUCCGGCUCCUCGGAUGCUCAGUGGAGCGCCGUCGUUGCCCAGGCUAAGGAGCUUGGCUACACCGAGCCCGAUCCCCGUGAUGACCUGAACGGUAUGGAUGUUGCUCGCAAGCUCACCAUCCUUGCCCGUCUGGCUGGUCUAGAGGUGUCUCGUCCCGACUCGUUCCCCAUUGAGUCGCUCAUCCCUGCCGAGCUGGCCUCGCUGCCUUCCUCUUCUGAUGGCAUUACUCAGUUCAUGACUCGCCUGCCCGAGUUUGAUGCUCAGAUGGCUGAGGUCAAGAACACCGCUGAGAAGCAGGGUAAGGUUGUGCGUUACGUUGGCAGCAUUGACGUUGCCACCAAGACCGUCAAGGUUGGUCUCCAGUACUUUGACAAGGACAGCGCUAUUGCUGGCCUUAAGGGCAGUGACAACAUCAUUAGCUUCUACACCAAGCGGUACGGCGCCAACCCUCUGAUUGUGCAGGGUGCUGGCGCUGGUGGCGAUGUCACUGCCAUGGGUGUGUCUGCUGAUCUGAUCAAGGUCGUCCAGCGCCUGCAGUAA